AUGUCGCAAGCAGCUGCUCAGACGGCUACAAAGGCCAUGAAUCCUGCAUUCAACCCCAGGACCGUUCACUUCUGGGCUCCCAUCCUCAAGUGGGGACUGGUUAUCGCUGGAAUUGGUGACUUCUACAGACCCGUUGAGAGUCUUUCCGUUACUCAGAACGCGGCCCUUACUGCGACCGGCACUAUCUGGACUAGGUGGUGCUUGAUCAUUUCCCCCAGGAACAUCCCGUUGGCGGCGGUGAAUUUCUUUUUGGCAGGUGUGGGGUCGGUUCAGUUGGGGAGAAUCUUUUUGCACAACCAGAGCUUGAAGAAGAACAGCCCGAUCCUGAGCAAGCUUGAGGAGGUUAAGAAAUGA